AUGCACGCCGAGGGAGCUGGGCAGGCUGGAGAUGUGGGUCUAUGCAAGCCUCAGCUCAACAAAGCCAAGCGCAAACUCCUGCACAAGGCCACCAGGGAGUCGGCCUUCGUCCACGCCAUCGCCUCGGCAGGGGUGGCGUUCGCCGUGACCAGAUCCUGCGCCGAGGGCUCGGCCACCAUCUGCGGGUGUGACACGCGCCACAAGGGCUCUCCCGGGGAGGGCUGGAAGUGGGGAGGCUGCAGCGAGGACGUGGAGUUCGGGAGCAUGGUGUCCCGGGAGUUCGCGGACGCCCGGGAGAACAGGCCCGACGCUCGCUCGGCCAUGAACAGGCACAACAACGAGGCCGGAAGGACCUCUAUCAUUGAGCUCAUGCACCUCAAGUGCAAGUGCCACGGGCUCUCGGGCAGCUGCGAGGUGAAGACCUGCUGGUGGUCCCAGCCCGACUUCAGGGUCAUCGGCGACUACCUCAAGGACAAGUACGACAGCGCCUCAGAAAUGGUGGUGGAAAAACACCGGGAAUCCCGCGGCUGGGUGGAGACCCUCCGGCCCAAAUACAACUUCUUCAAGGCCCCGACCGAGAAGGAUCUGGUCUACUACGAGAACUCACCGAACUUUUGCGAGCCCAACCCCGAGACAGGCUCCUUUGGGACCCGCGACAGGAUCUGCAACGUCACUUCCCACGGGAUUGACGGCUGCGACCUUUUGUGCUGCGGCCGCGGGCACAACACGAGGACUGAGAAACGGAAAGAGAAGUGUCACUGUAUCUUCCACUGGUGCUGCUACGUCCGCUGCCAGGAGUGCAUACGAGUCUACGACGUCCACACGUGCAAAUAAAGCGGGCA